UUCUGCUAAUGCAGAUGUGAUUCCCUUCGCUGUCACUCUGUACACACUUGCUUAGAGGGAAAAGGAAAAAAAAACAUCAAUAAGGCUUGGGCUAUGCAGAAAUCUGAGGACUGAAGCCUCUGACUAUCAUUCAUAUGAGACUCCUAUUUCAUUUCUUCUAGGCCUCUGCUGCAGAGAUGGAGAAAAUCAGGGUACGAAAUUCCUGGGUACCCACCUGUCUGUGGCAACCUAAAAUUCUACAAGACAGUCACGCAAAAUCUUCUCCUAACCUCUGGGACAGCAGCUUGCAAGACCAGAAGGAAGAGCUGCAGAAGCGCCUGUCGUACACGACACAGAAGCUGGAGAUGCUGGAAAACGAGUUUGAUUCCACCAGGCAGUACCUGGAGACGGAGCUGAGGAGAGCCCAAGAGGAACUGGAGAAAGUGACGGAGAAGCUGAGGCGAAUCCAAACCAAUUACUUGUCGUUACAAAGAAUAAACCAAGAACUGGAGGAGAAGCUUCACAGAAUGGGACAACAUUACGAAGAGGAAAAGAGAGCGCUGGGCCACGAGGUGAUUGCGCUAAAUAACCAUUUAGUGGAGGCCAAGGUGACGAUUGAUAAACUGUCAGAAGAUAACGAGCUGUACAGGAAAGACUGUAACCUGGCGUCUCAGCUGUUGCAGUGCAGCAAAAGUUACUACAGAGCACACAAAUUAUCAGAGCUCCCAGCUGACUUUCAGGAAAGAGUAAGUGAACACUUGGAAAAACAUGGGUGUAAACUAACUGUGCCCCUGUCUAACACCUCAUAUGCUGACAGCAUUCCUACUUGUGUCAUUGCUAAGGUGCUGGAAAAACCUGAUCCCAAUAGCCUGUCUUCACAUCUCUCAAGUGCUUCUAUGAGGGACCUUAGCUAUGAGCACGAGCACGGUCCAGUUCAAGAGCCCGAGGAGAAAGUACGGCAGAGACAGCAGUUCAAGUCUGAAAUCUACUGCAGUGACACUGCUCUCUACUGCCCAGAAGAAAGAAGAAGAGAUCGGAGGCAGAGCUUUGAUGUGCACGUUAAAGACGAAGUCUACUUAAGAUCUCAGAACUCUACAGACAGCACCGUAGAAGAUGGAUUCCAUUCGAGCUUCUCCCAUGAAGCCUUCAAUGAAUAUGUAGCAUCCUUACCAACAUCCAGCUCAUAUUCGAGCUUCAGUGCUACUUCUGAAGAGAAGGAAAACAACCAGACCAACACGUUAACUGCCUCCCAGCAGGCUAUUUACAUGAGCAACAGAGAUGACCUAUUUGAAAGGAAGUCUACCACGGGUUACGAGCAUAAUGCUAGCCCAAGAUUUGUAAAAUCCAAGUCUGUCCAGCACAUGGAGCAUAGCCCAGAAAACACAGCAUCUCCCAACUUCACCAGAUCCUCUUCCUACGUAGAGGAACCUUUCAAUUUCUCCAGAAUGCGUACACAACAGACGCUAGGUGCUCACAAGUCACACAGUGAGUGUAGAAGCUCCCACCUUUCCGAAGAUGACUUGCCAACCAGGUGGAGGCAGCUAAGCGUGGAGGACAUUGGAGCCUACUCGUUCAGCAACGAUGGCCGAAUAUCACAGUGUAGUUUCACAGAACAGUAUUUUGCCCCAAGCCCAGGUAAACAGUUGGAAAGCAGGAUGAGCCCACUGUAUGCCAGUUAUAAACAGGACAGCUUCUCGGAAGGGGAAGAAGUUUGUCAAAGCAGAAUGGGAGACUCGUGUUUUCUCCGAACAGACUCUGGUUUGAAGAUUGACAUCAGCGCCAGCUGCAAACAAGAAAUGCUGUCUACCUUUAAGUCAAAAGAAGCAAGAGACCAAAAAAGUGAGAGAAUAUCCGUUCAGAAAGGGAAUAAGAACGUAGACACCAAUGCGGCAGCCAAGAGGGAAUACGUAGAUGUCAGUCCAAACAGCUCUGCGGAAUCUCUUAGCCAAAGCCCCGUGGAGACUUCAGAUGUACACCAGUCUUCCAUUGACCAAGGACAUGCAAUCUUUCAUGGCAAGCCCCAGCAAUUCCAAAGAACUGGAAGCAUUGGGUUAACGAGAAAAGAUAGUCUUACAAAAGCACAAUUAUAUGGGACACUGUUGAAUUAGCGAUCUUCCAAAUUGCAAUAAGUAAAGAAUACCGAGAGCAAAUCAGUGGAUUCUGGGAAAUGUCAUGGA